AUGAGACAACAGUUUGAUCGUGUAAAUGCUGCUUUCCAAGAUAACUUGAAUCAGUUAAUUGCAGCUAAAGCAACAUUGGAAGAAAAUUUGAAAAAUGUAUUAUGUGAAAUCUCAUUGAUGGAGCAUAAUUUGAACGAACUGAGAGAAGCAAUUCGUGCAAAAGACGAUCCUUUAAAAAUUACUCAAACAAGGCUACAUCUACGCACAUUUAGACCGAAUGUGGAAUUAUGUAAAGAUCCUGCAUCUGUGAGUUUGGCGGAAGAAGUUAAUGCAUUAGGUCAGUCCUUGGAUGAAUUGUUGCAUCAGUAUUCAACAGUAGAGAAUAAAUUGAAGGAUUUGCAUGAUACCCAACUGAUACUUGAAAAGAAAUUGAAUUGA